AGUAACAUGCAAUCGUGCUGGAGAGAAGAGUCGUCACAACUUCUCUUCUAUGGAUGCGGCAAGAGCAUUGGGAGGAAUAAUUAACCGUGUUUUUGGCUGGCGUCCUGACAAAAACACGCGUCGACGAGACCAGAAGAGCCGAAGAAGGAAGAAAAAACCUGCAGAGUCGAGCGAAGGAGCGUUGGCAGUCAGCCCAAAUGAAGAGCGUGUGAGACGUAGAAGAAAAGAAGAAAGACCGAACGAUUCGAAGAAACUGGAGGACGAACUCCGUAUGUUCCAGAAGAAGCUUACCGUAGUUCGUCAUGAAAUAGCAUCGGCCAACUACAAGAUCGACGAUGCUUGGAAGAAGAGCGAAAGAGACCCGAAGAGUUUGGACAAGCUCCGCGAGUUGAAAGAAAGUAGACGUCGCAGUCGAGAAGAAGAAAGCGAGCUCCUGCGUAAGAUCGACAAGACAAAGGAACGCAUGCGCAAGAGCUACGAACAAAAGGAACGGCAACACGGAGCUCAUCGUGACCAGUCACCUCGACCGAGCACCUCUCGUGGCGGAGUAUA